AUGUCGUGCAAUACUCGAACUUCGUGUGAUGGGUGUUCUUGCGAUACCGGCGCUAGCCGCGCACCGGUGAACAUCGAAGAUUGCGAAGCCGAAUUGCUUGCGCUUCGGAAGCGCACCCUCGAGUUGGAGAAGAAGUUGGCAUCGGUGACAAUUGCUGCCUCUGAAACGCCUAGGGCCAGGCGCAAGUUGCGGUCCGCGAAUUGGUUCAACUGCGAGAGUAACCCGGGCAUGAUGGCACUAUACAUUGAGCGGUACCUGAACUACGGCAUGACGAAGGAGGAGCUGAGGUCCGGCAAGCCGAUCAUUGGAAUUGCGCAGUCCGGCUCGGAUCUGUCGCCGUGCAAUCGUCACCACCUCGAGCUCGUCAAGCGGGUUCGUGAAGGCAUCAGCGCAGCGGGCGGUAUCGCUUUUGAAUUCCCCACACAUCCUAUUCAGGAGAGCUCGAGGCGCCCAACUGCUUGUAUCGACCGGAACUUGUCAUACUUGAGCUUGGUCGAGGUCCUUCAUGGGUAUUUCCUGGAUGGUGUUGUCCUCCUCACCGGCUGUGACAAAACCACUCCAGCAGCCCUGAUGGCAGCAGCCACCGUUAAUAUCCCGGCAAUCUGUCUCAAUGUUGGGCCCAUGCUUAAUGGCUAUCUUAAGAAUGAAUUGGCAGGUUCUGGCAUGGUCGUCUGGAAAGGAAGAGAGAAAUUCGCCGCAGGGGAGAUCAAUCAAGAGGAAUUUAUUGACUACGUUUCAAGAGGUGCACCCUCUGUAGGACACUGCAACACAAUGGGCACUGCAUCGACCAUGAAUGCACUAGCAGAAGCUCUGGGAAUGGCGUUACCGGAAUCAGCUGCCAUCCCAGCACCGUAUCGGGAACGGGGGCAAUGUGCCUACGAAACGGGCAGGCAAAUCGUUGAGAUGGUACAUGCUGAUCGUAAGCCCAGCGACAUCAUGACCCGGGAGGCAUUUGAGAAUGCAAUUGUCGUCAACACGGCGAUUGGUGGCAGCACCAACGCCCCGAUUCACAUCGGCGCCAUUGCCAAGCAUAUCGGAGUAGAACUUUCCCUCGACGACUGGGAUCGACUUGGUUUUAAUAUUCCCCUUUUAGUCAACAUGCAGCCCGCGGGAGAGUUAUUGGGUGAAGAAUAUUACCGGGCGGGUGGUCUGCCAGCUGUCAUGGCAGAAUUGCUCGACGCCGGCAAAUUGAACGCUGACGUCUUGACAUGUAACGGGCGCACCGUGGCAGACAAUGUUCGAGGCAAGCAUACCUGGGACCGUCGCAUGAUCCGAGCCUAUGACGAGCCGCUCAUGAAAGAUGCCGGCUUCUUGCACCUUCAAGGCAGUCUGUUCAAAUCCGCCAUCAUGAAAACAUGUGUGAUUUCCGAUGAGUUCCGACAGAAAUUCCUUGAGAAUCCUGACGACCCAAAUGCAUUUGAAAGUGCGGUAGUGGUCUUCGAUGGACCCGAGGACUAUAAUCAUCGACUCGAUGAUCCCAACACACCAAUUGAUGAUAAGAGCAUUCUCGUAAUGCGUGGUACGGGUCCUUUGGGCUACCCCGGCGCAGCCGAGGUGGUCAAUAUGCACCCACCUGGACGUCUCUUACGACAGGGAGUCCACUCGCUUCCAUGUAUCGGCGACGGUCGCCAGUCGGGCACAUCUGGCUCACCAUCCAUUCUCAACGCCAGUCCCGAGGCAGCAGCCGGUGGAAAUCUGGCGCUCCUUCGCGAUGGCGACAGACUCCGUGUCGAUCUCAACAAGCGGCGUGUCGACAUCCUUGUUUCCGAGGAGGAACUUAAGAGACGAAGAGACGAGCUCGAGAAGGAGGGGGGUUAUGCUGUACCCGCGAGUCAGACUCCCUGGCAAGAGCUAUUUAGGAAGGAGACUACGCAACUCAGUGAGGGCAUGGUCCUUCGAGAGGCCGUCAAGUAUCAGCGACUGGCUCAGAAGUAUGAGGAACCCAGGCACAAUCACUAA